AUGCGUUUGGAAUAUCUCCCCGAAUCCCCACGCAACUUGUCGGCGCAAGACGAGGCAAUUUGCGAACGCAUUCGGGCCCGUCGAGGUCCUGCUGGUUUACUCGGCAUUGACCGUACACUUCUCCAUGCACCCAAGAUUGCCGAUGGAUGGAGCUCCCUUCUCAGUGCUGUUCGCACGCAGAGCUCGUUGACCGAAGACAUCAAGGAGAUCUCCAUUUGUCGCCCGUGCCGAUUGAACACCACCUGGACCGAGUGGCAGCCCCACGAGACUCUCUUGCGCAAGGCACCAGGCAUGACGGAGGAAGGAGUCGAGGUGGUCAAGCAGCGGCACCCCCACCACCAGGGCAGUCUUAGCGAUCGCCAGUGGGCGGUACUGCAGUACGCCGAUGCAAUGACAGGCGCAGUUGAUGUGCCCCUUGCUUUGGUCGAUCGCCUCAAGGAGGUCGGCUUCAGUCCCCAGGAAAUCGUCGAGAUCACGGCCACCGUGGCAGCGUACAAUUUCACCUGCCGAUUCGUGCUAGCGCUCGAUGUCAGCGAAGGCCUUGCUGCUGCACCGCCCUGGUUCCGUGAGUGA